CGGUAGUUUGCAUAUAACAUUUUGACAGUAAGGUUAUGCUAAGAAUUAAAAUGUUUAUAUAUUUUACAUGAUUUGUUUCAGUAGUAACAGUUUAAUAUGUAAUAGUUAACAGUGUUGUGCUAUUAUAAAAAUAAAUUAUAUUGUGAAAAACUUUGUGCAUUAUUGUGGCAUAUAACCGUGUGACGAAACAUAGGUGAAGGUAAGAGAAGAAUGAGCUCAGUUCUCGUGUCUCCAGACCUAUCAACAUAACGGUUCUAUAUCCGUACUGUGAAAUCUUGUGAAAUAGCAGCAUUAAUAUUCCGUUAAUUUUCGUUUUGCAAUCUAAAUUAUUUAACUUUACAUAAAGCACGUGAUAUGAGCUAAUCAUGGAUUAAAAAAAUUGCCAAUAUUUAUUGAAAAUAUCUAAAUAGUGUGAAAAAUAGAUAUUUAGUGAUUAGUGGUGAUCGCGGUAGAUUAGUCAGGAUUCAGGGCGUAACCAUCGCGAAAAAUGAGUUAUUACGACGAUAGGAAUGGAGCUGUGCUUAACGAUGUGUUCGUUAAGACAGCGGUUGAAGUCAAACGAUUUCUCCCCUCGCUUUUCAACAUCAAAGUGCUAGGGGAAAAAGGAUCUGGCUUCAGGCCACGAGCAGUUGUUCAAGAUUUUCAGAAGCUCAGGGAAGAAUGUUUGUCGACGGGGACAUUAUUCGAGGAUUCCGAAUUUCCAGCGGACGAUUCAUCGUUAUAUUUUUCAAAAAGGCCCGACAGAUACAUAGAAUGGAAACGACCUAUGGAAAUCGCGGACAACCCUCAACUGUUCGUUGAAGGUUUUUCCAGAUUUGAUGUUCAGCAGGGUGAAUUAGGAGAUUGUUGGCUGCUGGCAGCAGUUGCAAAUCUCACUAUGGAUGCCAAUUUAUUUUUCCAAGUAGUUCCAGAAGAUCAAAGUUUUGAGGAAAAUUAUGCUGGUAUCUUUCAUUUCAGAUUUUGGCAAUAUGGUAGAUGGGUAGAUGUGGUUAUUGAUGAUAGAUUGCCAACUUAUCGCGGUGAAUUAGUAUAUCUACAUUCAGCUGAGAGCAACGAAUUCUGGAGUGCUUUAUUAGAGAAAGCAUACGCGAAGCUUCAUGGCUCGUAUGAAGCAUUGAAAGGUGGAACUACUUGUGAAGCCAUGGAGGACUUUACGGGUGGUGUAACGGAAAUGUAUCAGAUGGAUGAAACACCUCCAAAUCUAUUCAAUAUUCUCUUAAAAGCUUUUGAAAGAAACUCACUGAUGGGCUGUUCGAUAGAGCCUGAUCCAAAUAUAUUGGAAGCUGAGACACCUCAAGGUCUGAUCAGAGGCCAUGCUUACAGUAUUACACGUGUUAAAUAUGUAGAAAUUCAAACGCCUAACCAGUAUGGAAGAAUACCUCUACUUAGACUUAGAAAUCCAUGGGGUAAUGAAGCAGAAUGGAAUGGUCCGUGGAGUGAUCAGUCUCCAGAAUGGAGAUUUAUUCCUGACCAUGAAAAAGAAGAAUUAGGUUUGACGUUCGAUAUGGACGGUGAAUUUUGGAUGUCAUAUCAUGACUUUAUUAAAUAUUUUACACAAUUAGAAAUAUGUAACUUGAAUCCAGACUCAUUGAGCGAGGACGAUUUAAAUGCUGGUAAAAAGAAAUGGGAGAUGAGUGUGUUUGAAGGAGAAUGGGUACGUGGUGUUACAGCAGGAGGUUGUAGAAAUUUUUUAGAAACUUUCUGGCAUAAUCCACAAUACCGAAUUACAUUGGAAUAUCCUGAUGAAGAUGAUGAUAAGUGUACAGUUAUUGUUGCAUUGAUGCAAAAAAAUAGACGAGCACAGAGGAGAAUGGGUGCAGAAUGUUUGACGAUUGGAUUUGCGAUAUAUCAUUUGGAAUAUCCUGAACGGUUACCUAAACCAUUAGAUAUUAAUUUCUUCAAAUAUAAUGCAUCAGUUGCAAGAUCACCAGCAUUUAUAAAUUUACGAGAAGUGACGUGUCGUUUCAAAUUACCACCUGGUGUGUAUUGUAUAGUUCCAAGUACAUUCGAUCCUAACGAAGAAGGUGAAUUUUUACUAAGAAUCUUCUCUGAAAAUAAAAACAAUAUGCAAGAAAAUGAUGAUGAAAUUGGUGUUGGAGAAGUUGAUGAUAGGAUCAUUAAUCCUAAAGGUGCUGAUGAACACACUGAUGGAGAUAAGGUUCGAGAUGAACCAGAGCCAGAUCGAAAUGCAGAAAAAGUUCGAGAAUUCUUUAAAAAGCUUGCCGGUGACGAUAUGGAAGUAGAUUGGAUGGAACUGAAGGAAAUUUUAGAUUUUGCGAUGCGAAAAGAACUACCACAGUCGGCUCGUCGUAGUGAAGUUCAUGCCCCUGAAUCUGUACAAGGAAAUGGUUCGUUUAUCGACACUCUCAUCUCACUGCUGUGCGGCAUUCUUUGUAAUAAUGAACAAUACAAUAAGACUGUAGAAACAAAUAAUAAAGGAUUCAGUAAGGAUGUAUGUCGUAGCAUGGUAGCUAUGCUAGAUGUAGAUCAUUCUGGAAAACUCGGAUUUGAAGAAUUUAGACAGUUAUGGACCGAUAUAAAGAAAUGGAGGGCUGUAUUUAAAUUAUACGACAGAGAUGAAACGGGACAUUUAAGCGCGUUUGAAUUGAGACAAGCAUUAAAUAGCGCUGGUUAUCGGCUUAAUAAUCACAUUUUAAAUAUUUUAGUACAUCGUUAUGGAACAAAAGAUGGUAUGAUCACUUUUGAUGAUUACAUAAUGUGCGCAGUGCGACUUAAAACAAUGAUAGAUAUUUUCAGAGAACGUGAUCCAGAUUUAACUAAUACGGCAACAUUCACAAUGGAAGAAUGGAUAGAGAAGACAUUAUACUCGUAAUGUAAUGCGUAUCAAAAUCAUUGAUAAAAAGAGACAAAUACGUCCAUAUUUUAAGAAACUUUUCUACUCGCUGAUUUAAUGUAAAAUAAAGAUUCAAGAAACAUGUUAAAUAGAUUAAAAAAAUAUAUAUUUACAAAAAAUGUUUUAUACGUAUGAAUACGUAAAAUUCUUAUAAAUUCUAUUAACAAAAUUUCAUUUAAAAAAUAUACACAAAAAGGGGAAAGUAUUAUAUUUAAAA